AUAGAUAGCAUGCCAUUCUAUUCCUAGAAACAGCUGUCGAGUAAAUCACAUCGGAGCAAAACUAAAUGCCUCAACAUCAAAAUUAUCCAUAAAGAAAAGCAACGAAUUUCACACAGCGCCAUGUCCGGACCGAAUACAAAGCAACAGCUGCGCGGAAUCCUCAAGGCUGCCAGAACCAGCCACCAGUCGAGCGUUGCGGGUUCGGUGAAUCCUGACGACGAGCCCAGCACCUCGAGGCAGGCCCAAGAUGGUCGGAGUCGUCAAUCGAAGUCGAUAACGGCCGUCGACUCUAAUGGUACUCUCUGCAAGCAGGGUGCCAUCGAAUGCCAUGUGCCCAACAGCUCGGACGACAGCAUCAAUGGUGUGGACGUGGCUUCCGUCCGGGACCUGGAGAGCAGUCACAAAUAUGUGUCCAGCAUUCGCACGGAUGACUGGAACUGCUGGACUGAAACGCAAAGCAAUAGCGAAUCGGUGUAUCCGGCGGACUCGUUGUACACAGCCGAUCCGGUCGUUACAGUGGAUCGUCUCUAUCCGAUGGCCCCCAGCCCCGACCGUGGGAGCUUCUGGAGCGGCUUUGCCAGCAGCCUCUGCGACUGGUUCAAGUGCAUUGCCGCCGGCUUUGGUCUGACUGGCCAGGAGGCGACCUCGGCCUGGUACAAGCACUGCUGGGACACUCUCGCAUCCGACUCUACACCACCACGCUCAGGCUGAAGGGCAACACUGCCAUAACCAUCGUUCCAAAAUAGCAAUUUUUUGCAUUUAAAUUAGGUUUCAAUUGAACUUGAAUAAACUCUAAUUACGAAGAUCA